AUGGCCCAACAUCUGGAUUCAAGCUUCUCCAUCCGAAAUUUGUUGGCAGGUCCUGAUGGUACCAAUCCAGCGCUGACACCACCACCAUCCGAUGGGUCUUUAUCGCCCAAUACCUCUAUGUCGUCGAACGAAGAGAAUAAUGGUAGUCGACCGAACUUGACGUACAGUGCGUUGGUGACAAUGGCGAUACGAAGCAGUCCUGAAGGCAAACUGACGUUGAAUGCAAUACAAAAUUGGAUCAGUGAUAACUUCCCCUUUUUCCGAAAGGAUGAGCAAGGUUGGCAGAACCAAAUACGGCAGACGCUAAGCACAAACUCAUGUUUCCUUAAGAUACCACGUGCUUUGGAUGAUCCUGGACGUGGAAACUAUUGGGGCAUGAGUCCAGAUUUAGCAGCAGUUGCUUCUGUUAGUGUAGGUAACGGAGCUUCACUUGGUUCCUUAGUCAACGGUGUAGCACACCCCACAGCCCCAAACGCGGUAUAUUUCCCCACACCACAAGAAAUAGGGGAAACUCAGCGAGCAAUGCUGAUGCAGGCGAUACAGGAACAGCAAGCAAUGGGUACAACUGCAGCAACAACAACUUCAGCACCAAUAUGCAGAAAUAUGCCAAAGACUUGUCUUCCACCAACAGCAGAUGGCGUCUUUUACUGGACAGCAAGUUCUUUCCUAAUUUUAACUGGUUAUUAA